AUGCAACAAAGAAGACUAAAGCUGGUGGAGUGGAGUUAUCAUCUUGAUUCUUCCUCACCUUCAGCUCUACGUGUGCUGGAACCUGAGAGUGAUGGAGUAAACUCUACUCUUUGCCUUGAACUGGAACAGCCUAGUCCUCCUCCACAUAAAACUUCGCGCCAGUAUUUGAAGCGGAUAAUUGCUGAAUAUGAAGCCCUGGACAUGGAAAUGCCGUGUAUUCGCAAGUUCCCUCGGCCACCAGCAGCGAGGCCCCUCUGUCUCUGUCUGGAGAGCCCGCCUGAAAAGGAGAUGAACCACGCUGAAGUCCUCGCUGCUGUUGAAGCAGUCAUUCCCAGUGCUUUUGAAACAGGCCGUCUGCACAGCAUCCAGUUUGAGAACAUCAAUGUCAUCUGUGGCACGGCUGGACGGAAGAACAGGUGGCUGCUCACAGUGUCUGAUUUCCGCACCCGGAACCAGCUCUUGUGUUCAGGAUUGACUUUGGGCCCAAACCAUAUUGUCUUGCGACGUUGGGAUGACCUGGUCAUGGAGGACUAUCGCAUACACCUCCGAAGGGCAUUGGCACGCCAGCGUCUACUGGAGACUCUCAAUAGUGACUCUUGGGGUGGCAAUCGCUUAGAUGGGAUAUAAAGUCCGAAGGAAGGGAAGAACCGCAAGCAAAUACUGUAGAAACGUGUUGUUUGUCUGCUUGUUAUCCAUUUUUCUUCCUCCUCCUCCUUUCUACUUUAGUAACUACUAAAGCUAUUAUAUCCUGGUUUUCGUUUCAAAAAUUCACAAUCCAGUCUUAUGCUCAGUACUAGCCUUUCAAGACUAAAUUUAGGAAGAGGGCGCCCCCUGAAGGCAGUUUGUGGCAUAUCCCAUCUUAUGCUGUGUUGGGCUGAAGAUGUUCAAAGAACUUGCACUUGCAAGGAGAGAAAUGUAUUCUGAAACUGGUUCCAUGCAGGCUGUGCCUUUUGAUCUGGGAGUUGUCCCUCCUCCUUGUAAAAGUGGGGCAAGCUGGUUGCGAUUCCUGAGGGAUGAGUAGAAAUGUAGCAGCCCUUUUGGGGUAUACUACAAAGGUAUUUUGGGGCUGAGUCAUGUAUGCCUGUUAAGCUGAUUGAUCUUUAAUUGGUGACUUGGGACCCACAAAUGGGUCAUAUGCAGGCCUAAACUGGGUCAUAGACUAAUGGUACUAUCACCACUGUUAUCAUCAUAUUUUUGCUGAGAAUGUUUUUUCAUGUUAACAGCAUAGUGUGCACA